AUGGUGUUGAACGCACUGCGCCCCCCGCAGGCUCCAGUUAGCAACACGCAGCUGCCAGGCCCUUUGGCUGCGCCGCUGCAGGAGGACCUGGCACCCGCCGCUGCAGGAGGACCUGGCACCCGCCGCUGCAGGAGGACCUGGCACCCGCCGCUGCAGGAGGACCUGGCACCCGCCGCUGCAGGAGGACCUGGCACCCGCCGCUGCAGGAGGACCUGGCACCCGCCGCUACAGGAGGACCUGGCACCCGCCGCUGCAGGAGGACCUGGCACCCGCCGCUGCAGGAGGACCUGGCACCCGCGGGACACAUCCUGCUAA